AUGUCUGCUACUAUACGCGUUUGCAUUCGGGCGUUGACUGUUGAUCUUUGGCAGGCAAGCCUUUCAGCCAAUUUUAUUGGCCAGACCCUUAACUUCGAAAGUAACUUCCAAAGGAACCCAUGGAUCUUAUAUGUGCUCGGUUCCCAGCCAAAGACUACCUCUCUCCCAAAACUCCUCACCCACCAUCGAUCUCCACACCUCUCAACAGCAGUCCCCUCAGCCGUCGACAGCUACCCUUCCACCACCGUCCGCUGCUGUCAAGCCGCCAUUGCCAUCUCCCUCACCCAAACCUGUAACCCGAAUCCCCACCACCAACAAAUUUGUCUUUCGAUUGAUUCUUCUCUCUCUCUGUUGUCGAGAAUGGAAGAAGAGAUGCAAGGCACAGAGGCAGGGAAAAAAGAAAUGCCAGCGAGUCGCUCAACAUCGAGUCCUAAUUCAUGGAAGCCAUGCUCUCUCGAGUUAGCCACUUCGAAGAACAGAAACGAAGUGAAUGAUAUUGCUUUGGCUCCAAGAAUUGCUGAAAAGGCAAAAAAGAUUUGUUCAAUGGCUAAUUUGGCGAUCGGAUUAAUCCAUGAAAUCCUCAUGCGCUUCAUUUCUGACUGGGAUGUUAAGGUUCAGAUCGCUGUCUACACCAUGGUUCAGAAGUUUAAGAAGAACAGUUUGUCCACCGUUUCAGGCUCAGCAAGGAAAACAACCAACUCAAAGAGACUAAGAUCUGAUUGCUGGCCUCUGGCUGCAAGGGGCUCAAGAGUUGUAAGGAACAGGAUGAUGGAAGUAUCUCCUGCAGUUUUGCCGCAAAGGAAGAAGACUUUGCCAACUGCAGUGUGCCAGUGA